UAUUGUAACGUUAGCACGGCUGGAACUAUGUAAGUUAAUAGCAGACCAGAUCGAUUGACCAGUUGUACCUUAUCAUCCAACAUGUCUAGCACUUUGCUGCCAGCGUAUCUUAACGAAACAUUUGUCCGGACGUCGCUUGAAAACGGUCUUGAUUAUCCCAAUCAUGUGGCGAUCAAAAUUCACAAAUACAUCAUUCGAAGUGCUACGAAAGCUGGCGAUAAUUAUCUAAGUGAUGUAUUCAGGAUGUGGAUUCGAUACAGUCGGCAACCCAAUGGUGCGAAUGAAGACGUCUCCCUAAUAGUGAAAUGUAUGCCCGAUGUUGGACAUCGUGGCUCCGUCAACGAACAGUUGAAUGUAUUUGAAAAGGAGGUUAAUAUGUUUCGACACAUUGUUCCCGAGUUAUCCAAACUGGUAGGGGGCGAGAUGUUCGCUGCCAGGAUCUAUUACGCCACAACCGAUCCUGUUCGGAUGAUUGUAUUUCAAGAUCUCAACGCACUUGGUUUCGCUAUGGCUGAUCGUACAGCUGGAGGUUUGAGCUUUGACCAUUGUGCUGUGAUAAUGCGUAAAAUAGCUAAAUUUCACGCAUCCUCCAUGCUAAUGGCCGCUAGUAGUACCACGAAGAUGAAGGAGCUGGAGAAACAGUUCGAAUAUGGCUUCAUGAACCCUCACAUUGCGGAGGAAAGCAAUACAGUUCUUGACAUAUUUGCUAGCGGAUUCGAUACAUUGAUCGGCUGUGCAGAAAAAUGGACUGGUUUCGAUCAGGAAAUUUUAGCAAAGCUUAAGUGCAUGAGACCAUUAUAUAAGGACCGCGUUCUGAAGUGUUUGAAUCAGAAAUUCGCCGAUGGCUACAAAGUGAUCAAUCAUGGUGACUUGUGGAUCAACAACAUUUUGUUCCAGUAUGAUGCCACUGGCAAGCCGAAAGACGCUGUGUUCGUGGACUAUCUGUGUUGCUACACAAGUCCGGGAAUUGAUUUAAAUUACUCGCUAAUAAAUUGCCCCACGUUCGAUGUGCGCGAGAAUCAACGGGACAAUUUAAUCAAGGAAUACCACAAAAGUCUUCAAUCAACUUUGAAUGGACGCUACGAAAAAAUUCCAACGUUGACGGACGUCCAAAACGAAAUCAAAAGAAUGAACUAUUUUAGUCUCAUUGCAGCAAUUUCUAUCCUGCCGUUGGUGACAAUGGAUAGCACUACAGAUCUGGAAGUGAGCAUCGAUGCUUUGGUUGACGAACAAAAGGCCGAACAACUACGGUUAUUUCAGUACAAUGGAAAACGAUACAGGGAUUCUAUAACUAAGCUUUUGGAUCGGUUCGAUAAGGAGGGUUUACUCGAUUAGUAGCAAAAAAUCACACCAGUUGGAGAAAUGUCGACAAACGUGAUAUCCUACUAUAAUUGUAAGAUGUGUGGAAUGAGAGAUAAUAUAGAAUAAAACGGUCCAGACAGCACAUUAACUAACAAAAGAAAUCUUUCAUAAA